AUGUCUCAAGAUGUCUUGUCAUACUUACAUCAACUGUAUCCAUGCGAUUCAGAAGAUGGCUUCCCUUUGGAAUUUCCCGAGGCGUCUCCAUCUAUCAAUUCGGCUAAUACAUCGGUUCCGUCCCCAAACAAAGCCGAUCUCGGUUCUGAUUUGUUCUUAGACGGAUCUCAAAUUGAUGGCUUUCCAAAUCCUUCUCUACCAGUUCCUUGUGAACAAAACUGCCAUUCCCCACAAGAUUUAGCCGAUAUCCUCGAUUGUUUUCAACUUCCCGAAGACAAUUUCACUUUAGAUGAGCAAAGCGUCAUCGAAAGUUUUCUCUCUUCGCCGCUAGAAAUUCAAAAUCCUUACCUCUCCACUGAAACUGAGUGUAAAGUAUCCCCACAGUCCCGCACUUCAGUAACAUCGCAUAAGUUCUCCCACUCAUCUGAAUCUCGUCUGCAUCAUGUUGAAAACGAUCGGCAGUCCAAAAAGCGCAAACUCAAUCGCGAUGCCGCCUACCGUUAUCGUCAAAAAAUAAAGGCACAUAACGAAACUCUUCUUAAUGAACUACGGCUAUCGGUUGGGGCAUAUGAGGCCGCUCGUUAUGAUUAUGAACAAUUUAGGAAUUCUUUUGAUGCCCUUAAAGCCGCCCUUCGUAUGCCCCCUUCUGAUGUCGUCCCUCAUUAA